ACCCUGCAGACCCGGAAGCGCAGUGAAGGACACAGGAUUGAAUUCUCAAGACUGAUCUUGUCUGAGAAAGAAGCCCGGAAGAGGAAAGGGAGGAGUCAGGAAUGGCUUUUUGUCAGGGACCCUUGACAUUCAGGGAUGUGGCCGUAGAAUUCUCUCCGGAGGAGUGGGAGUGCCUGGACCCUGCUCAGAGGGCCUUGUACAGGGACGUGAUGGUGGAGAACUACAGGAACCUGGUCUCCCUGGGUGAGGAUAGUUUCCCUCCAGAAGUCGGGAUCUGCCCCAAAAGCUCUGCUAGAUUCAUGAUCAAGGAAUUAUUACCAAAGAAAGAAAAUAACAGAAAAUUAUGCCAACUAGUGGUCUUGGGAAGACAUGAAAGCCAUGGCCUUGAGAAUUUUGACUUCAGGGAAGUUUGGGGAAGUAUGUAUGAAUUUGAGAGUAAGUGUGGAUAUGAAGAAAGAAAUUCCAAAGGAGUGCUUGUGACAGAUACUGUAAAUCUCCCUGGUAGAAAAGAUAAACAAGACAGCAAAUCCUGGAUUAAUUUACCUAUAAAGCAGAGUGUUUCUUUAAGAAAAAGUGCUUAUCAAAAUUUUAAACAAGAGAAGUCAUUAGUAAAAAAUUUGUUAAAAAUAAAAAAUAAUAUAGUCUAUGCAGGAAGUAAGUAUACAAAAUGUUUUGAAAAUAGAAUUGGGUUAAGCUUUCAGUCACAUCUGAUUGAACUGCAGAGACUUCAAACCGAGGAGAAAAUUAAUGAAUGUGAUCAAGUUGAGAAGUCUGUCAAAACUUGUUCUUCAGUUUUGCCACUUCAAAGAUUUCUUCCUAGUGUCAAAACCAACCUUUGUAAUAAAUAUGGAAGGGUUUUUAUGUUUCCUUCAUUGUUCACACAGCACCAGAAAACAAAAAUUAGAGAAAAACCAUACAAAUGUAAUGAGUGUGGAAAGACUUUUAGCCAUCACUCAGUCCUUACUAGUCAUCAGAGAAUUCAUUCUGAGCAGAGACCUUACAAAUGUAAUGAGUGUGGUAAAGCCUUUAAGCAGUUCUCAAACCUCACAAGACAUCAGAGAAUCCAUACGGGGGAGAAACCAUAUAAAUGUAAUAUCUGUGACAAGGUCUUUAAUCAAAAUUCCCACCUUACAAAUCAUUGGAGAAUUCAUACUGGAGAAAAACCAUACAAAUGUCAUGAAUGUGGUAAGGCUUUUAUCAAAUGUUCAGAUCUCUGGCGUCAUGAGAGAAUUCAUACUGGAGAGAAACCUUACAAAUGUAAUGAAUGUGGUAAGGGUUUUACCAAACGUUCAUAUCUUUGGGAUCAUGAGAGAAUUCAUACUGGAGAGAAACCAUACAAAUGUAUUGAAUGUGGCAAGGUUUUUAGGCAGUGGUCUACCCUCAGGAUUCACCGAAGAAUUCACACUGGUGAGAAACCUUAUAAAUGUAAUGAGUGUGGCAAGGCUUUUAAGCAGUGCUCACACCUCACUAAGCAUCAGAAUGUACAUCCUGGAGAGAAGCCACACAAAUGUACUGUGUGCACCAAGGCUUUUAUCCACAUUUCAAGCCUUGUGAAACAUCAGAAAAUCCAUUCUGGAGAAAAACCAUACAAAUGUAAUGAAUGUGGUAAGGCUUUUAUCCAAAGUUCAAGUCUUGUGGAACAUCAGAGAAUUCAUACUGGUGAGAAACCUCACAAAUGUAAUGAGUGUGGCAAAGCCUUUACUGUGCGUUCAAGCCUAACUAAACAUAAAAAAAAACAUACUGGUGAGAAACCUUAUAAAUGUAAUGACUGUAAUAAAACAUAUACACAACUUAUACACCUUACUAGACAUCAGAAAAUACAUACUGAAAAGAAACAUUAUGAAUCUAGUAUAUGUGAUAAUGCUUUUAUUCAAAGCUCAAGCUUGGGGGAUCAUCAGAGAAUUCAUGGAAGAGAGAAACCUUACAAAUGUAAUGAGUGUGGCAAAUCCUUUAACUGGUGUUCACGCCUUACUCGACAUCAGAGAACCCAUACUGGAGAGAAGCCAUAUAAAUGUAAUGUGUGUGGCAAGGCCUUUAGUCAAAAUUCAAACCUUACGAUUCAUCAGAGAAUUCAUACUGGAGAGAAACCUUACAAAUGUAAUGAAUGUGACAAAGCCUUUAAGCAGUAUUCAAGCCUCAUAAGACAUCAGAAUAUACAUCCUGGAGAGAAACCACACAAAUGUGUGUGGUAAGGCUUUUAUCAAAGUUCACACCUUUGGGGUCAUGAGGGAACACAUCCUAGAGAGAAGCCGUACAAAUGUAUUGAAUGUGGCAAGGCCUUUCGACACUGGUCUGACCUCAGGAUUCACCAAAGAAUUCAUGCUGAAGAGGAACCUUAGAAAUGUAAUGAAUGGCAUAAAUCAUUUAACCAUUUUUCACAAUACGCUAUAUAUACGUCAGAGAAUUUUUACUAGGGAGAACUAGUCCAAGAUUA